AUGCCUCUAAAAAACGAUUAUGAUGGGUUUUGUUUCCAUAAAGAAAAAUUAAACAAAAUUGAUCGAAUUGAUGAAAACAUAAGCGCAGAGCAGUUUUAUUGUGAUUACAUUAUAAGAAGAAAACCGUGUAUAUUAAGAAGUGAACAUAUAAUUAAAAAUGGACGUAAUAUAGACAUAAAUUUUAUGAAGGAAAAUAUAAAAAAUGUUAAUGUUGAAUUGGAACAAAAGAUAUCAAAUACUUUUGGAAUAGGAAAGAAAAAAGAGAUGAACUUUCACGAUUUUUUGACAUUAAUAGAAGAAGGAAAUACGGAUUAUUAUUUAAAUACGCAAUAUAUAAAAGAAAAUGCUUAUUUUCCAUCUGACCUUUGCAACUCAGUUACUAGCCAAAUGAUAAACUAUCUUCCAAAGCAACUGGAAAUAAUGGGCAAUUUAGAAAUAUACCAAUACAAUAUUUGGCUGGGAAAUAAUAAAGACCAAGAUUUAAAAACAUUUUUGCAUCACGAUUAUCAUGAUAAUUUAUAUGUACUACUAAAAGGAAGAAAAAUAUUUAGGAUAUACAGUCCAAAAUUUGCUCAUGCUUUAAAAACAAAUGGAAAUAUUUACAAGGUUUACAACAAUGGUUUAAUUACCUACUCCCCAUUAAUUAGAAGUGACGGAGCUUAUUAUUUAGAUGUGUACAAAAGAAAGAUGGAUAAAGUACAACGAGAUAUCAGUGCAAUGUCUUUUUAUUUGGACAAAGAAAUCAGUCCAUAUGAACGUAAAAUAUUAGAAAAUUCCAUAAAUAAUGCAGAACAAAAAUAUGACGAACUGGAAAAUAAUAUUUUAAAUUACAAAAUGCGUAAACUUGAAUUCCGUCGUAAAGGGAAUAUUAGACAUGACAUCCCAGAGCAUUUUUGCCUUCUAAACACAAUAGAAAGAAAACCUGAUGAAGAUAUUUUCAGCAAAAAUACCGAUAUAGAGAAAAAAUAUAUUGAAGUCUGCUUGAAUGAAGGGGAUAUAUUAUAUUUGCCCUGCGGAUGGUUUCACGAAGUGAAGUCCUUUUCAAAUGAAAAAUAUCAUUUUGCAUUUAAUUAUUGGUAUUACCCACCAUAUAUGAAAAAGAUUAAAUCCAAAGAAAUUCAAAAUAGGUUUUGUCACCCAUACAUAGACAAAUACUUAAGUGAAAGAAAUAAAAAUUUAUAUAAAAAGAUUAGAAUUCUUAAUAAAGAUAAUUCUUCAGAUAUAUUAGACAUUUUGGCAUAUUACCAUUUUUUGAACGCAAUACAAAGUAAAAAGGAAAAAAAAAAAGAUAAGAAAAGAUUCACACUCUCGAAAAGAAGAAGAUUUGCCCUUUUACCUUUUUAA